AUGAACACAUUUUUUAUACAGGCCGAACGUGAUCCAAUUUUGCAGACAGGCGAUCUGGGAGAAGAGCUGGAUCUCUUGAGACCCCACGGCGGACGCCCGCGAAAUAAAUAUGCGCUUGUUCGUAAGUUUUUGGAAUACUGGCGUUUUUAA